AAGAAUAAUCUCACAAUGGAGGAAGAAGAAUACGAGGAAGUUGUCGAGUACUACAUUGAAGAAACGAUCAUUGAGGAGGGUGAACCACAUGAGGUGGUCACUGAGGUCACUGAGACUAUUAGCACAGACUUCACAGGUCCUAAAACUACCACCUAUACUGUUGAGCACGAAAAGCCUGCUGCUCAGGAUGCAGCACCUCCAGUCAGAAAGAAGACCAUACGGACUAAAGUGGACCCAUCUAAGUUUCUGACACCUUAUCUGGAACAUAGCAACAAAAUGAAGGACCUAUUCAGUGAGAACAAGUACAAAGAAAAAUUUAGAAAAGAAAAAGGAAAGCCCUAUGCUUCCACAAUUGAUACCCCAGAAAUUCGGAGAAUCAAGAAAGUGCAAGACCAGCUCAGUGAGGUUAAAUACCGCAUGGCUGGUGAGGCUGCUAGAACUAUUUGCCACGUUGACGAAAAGGCCAAAGAUAUAGAACAUGCAAAGAAGGUGUCGCAGCAAGUGAGCAAGGUGUUAUAUAAACAGAACUGGGAGGAGAAUAAGGACAAGUACCUGCUUCCUCCUGAUGCUCCGGAGCUUGUGAAUGCAAUAAAAAACACAGCAAUGUUCAGUAAGAAACUCUAUACUGAAGAAUGGGAAGGAGACAAAUCGUUGUUCUAUCCCUACAAUGACAGCCCGGAGCUCAGAAGGGUGGCACAAGCUCAAAAGACUCUGAGUGAUAUUGUCUACAAAAAAGGGCAUGAUGAACGAAAAUCUAAAUACACUCCUCUGGCAGACCCACCUGAUGUGGAACAGGCCAAGAAAGUGACCAGGCAGCUGAGCGAUAUUAUUUACCAUGAUGACUAUAAAAACAAGAUCAAAGGCAAGUGGAGUCAAACUCCGUGCUAUGAUGUUGCAAUUGCAAAAAUGAAUGCUGAAAAUAUAAGUAUGAGAAAAUACCAGGAAGACUUUGAAAACAUAAAAGACCAAAUCUACUUUAUGCAGACUGAAACUCCAGAAUAUGAAGCUAAUAAGCGGGUGACAGAUAAUGUUAGUAAGGUAAAAUACAGAGCAGACUAUGAAAAGAACAAAGCUAUUGCAGAUUAUAACGUGCUGCCUGCUACAGAGAACCCGUUGCUGAGGCAAUUAAAAGCAGCAGGAAAUGCGCUGAGUGAUAAAUUAUACAAAGAAGACUAUGAACGCUCCAAAGGAACCAGCAUGAAUUACUGUGACACGCCGAAGUUCCAGACUGAUACCGUACUCAAGAAUUUCAGUGAUGUCAAAUACAAAGACGCCUAUCAAAAGAAUAUUUUAGGACACUAUUUGGGCAGCUUUGAGGACCCCCAUCAUACACACUGCAUGAAAGUUGAAGCUAUGAAGAGUGAUAAAAAUUACAAAGCAGAUUAUGAGGAGGAAAAGACAAAAUGCUACUUCCCUCAGACCAUAACUCAGGAGUAUGAAGCUAUUAAGAAGUUAGAGCAGUGUAAAGAUCACACCUACAAAAAACACCCUGAUCAAAUCAAAUUUACCCAAGUAACUGACUCUCCAGUGCAGAAGCAAGCAGAGAUCAACAGCAAACAGCAGAGUGAUAUAAAGUAUAAAUCCAAAGGUGAAGAAAUCAUUCACAAGUACCACCUCCCUCCAGACGUCCCCCAGUUUAUACAGGCUAAGGUUAAUGCCUACAAUGUUAGUGAUAACUACUACAAAACAGGAUUGGAAGAAUUAAAAGCCAGGGGAUAUGACCUAAAAAGUGAUGCUAUUCCUAUCAAAGCUGCCAAGGCUGCUAGGCAGGCUGCCAGUGACGUUAACUACAAAAAAGCCUACGAACUUUCCAAGGGUAAACUCGUUGGCUUCAAGAGCCUCCAGGAUGAUCCCAAACUCGUUCAUUAUAUGAAGGUAGCCAAGAUACAGUCUGAGCGAGAGUACAAGAAAGACUAUGAGAAAACAAAAACGAGGUACAACCUUCCACUGGAUAUGUUCGAUGUUGUUGGUGCCAAGAAGGCUCAAGAGAUUGCCAGCAAUGCUAAUUACAAGAACCUCCUGCACCACUAUACUUAUUUACCAGAUGCGAUGAAUGUGGAGCUGACCAAAAAUAUGAUGGAGAUUCAGAGUGAUAAUGCAUACAAAGCAGAUUAUAACAACUGGAUGAAAGGCAUUGGUUGGAUCCCCAUUGGCUCACUAGAAGUAGAAAAAGCUAAGAAAGCUGGAGAUGCCUUGAAUGAAAAGAAAUAUCGUCAGCAUCCAGACACCAUUAAAUUUACAAGUGUGGUGGACUCUCCAGUAAUGGUCCAAGCCAAACAGAAUUCAGUUCAACUCAAUGAGAAACUAUACAGAUCUUCUGGAGAGAAAGUGAAACAUAAAUAUACCCUUCCCCCAGAUGUCCCACAGUUUAUCCAGGCUAGAUACAACGCAGCUAACGUCAGUGAUGCAUAUUAUAAACAGGACUACCAUGAUCUCAUAGCUAAAGGGAACAAUGUGUCGCUUGACGCUAUUCCAAUUACUCUAGCCAAGGCUUCAAGAAACAUUGCUAGUGAUUUUAAAUAUAAAGAAGCAUAUGAAAAGGCUAAAGGAAAACAGGUUGGAUUCAGAAGCCUGCAAGAUGACCCAAAGCUUGUCCACUACAUGAAUGUAGCCAAGAUUCAGUCUGAGCGUGAGUACAAGAAGGACUAUGAGAAGACCAAGACUAACUAUCAUACACCUCCUGACAUGUACAGUAUCCAGGCUGCUAAACAGUCACAGGAUAUAGCUUCUAAUGCUCACUACAAAAAUCUGAUCCACCACUACACUUACCUGCCAGAUGCCAUGGAUGUGGAGCUUGCAAAGAACAUGAUGCAAAUUCAGAGCGAUAACGCGUACAAACAAGAGUAUAACAGCUGGUUCAAGGGUAUUGGAUGGAGUCCUCUUGGUUCUCUGGAUGUUGAAAAAGCUAAAAAGGCUGGAGAUGCAUUAAACGAAAAGAAAUACCGUCAGCACCCAGACACCAUCAAAUUUACAAGUAUACCAGAUUCAAUACCAAUGGUUUUAGCUCAGCACAACACCAAGCAACUGAGUGAUGUAUCAUAUAAGCAAGAGGGUGAAAAAGUAAAACACAAAUACACUCUGGAUCCUGAUGUUCCUCAGUUUAUCCAAGCCAGGGUCAACGCCUACAAUUUGAGUGAUGCCAACUACAAAGCAGACUGGAAAAAAACCAUUGCCAAAGGAUACGAUCUCAAACCAGAUGCCAUUCCUAUCAUUGCUGCUAAAGCGUCUCGAAAUAUUGCAAGUGAUUACAAGUACAAGGAAUCCUAUGAGAAAGAUAAAGGCAAGCAGGUUGGAUACCGUAGCCUGCAGGAUGAUCCUAAACUUGUUCAUUACAUGAAUGUGGCCAAAAUACAAUCAGAUCGUGAAUAUAAGAAGGACUACGAAGUCACCAAGACCAAAUAUCAUACUCCUUUAGAUAUGUUCAGCGUGACGGCUGCCAAGAAAGCCCAAGAAGCAGUUACAAACGCUGGCUAUAAACAACUGAUUCAUGAUUACACACUCUUGCCUGAUUCCGUGAAUCUGGAGCUAUCAAGAAAUGUGAUGCAGCUGCAGAGUGAUAAUCUGUACAAAGCUGACUUUAAUAACUGGUUGAGAGGAGUUGGCUGGAUACCGAUACAGUCACUGGAUGUAGAAAAGGCCAAAAAAGCUACAGAGAUCCUCAGUGAAAAGAAGUAUCGCCAGCACCCAGACAAGCUGAAGUAUUCAAUUACCAUGGAUGCAAUGGAACAAGUUCUAGCUAAGCAAAAUGCCAAGACCAUGAAUAAGAAACUCUACACUGAUAAAUGGAACAAAGAGAAGACCAGCAUUCAUGUUAUGCCAGAUACUCCAGAAAUUCUGCAAUCUCGAGUGAACCAGAUCACAAUGAGCAAUAAACUGUAUAAAGCUGGAUGGGAGGAAGACAAGAAGAAAGGUUACGACUUGCAGCCAGACGCUAUUCCAAUACGAGCGGCCAAAGCCUCCAGAGACAUUGCAAGUGAUUAUAAAUACAAACUGGCCUAUGAAAAAGAGAAAGGAAAGCAUAUUGGGUUCCGCAGCCUUGAAGACGACCCCAAGCUGGUGCACUUCAUGCACGUGGCUAAAAUGCAAUCUGACCGUGAAUACAAAAAAGAUUAUGAGAAGGCAAAGACUAAUUUCCAUACUCCAGUUGACAUGGUCAGUGUUGUGGCAGCCAAAAAAGCACAGGAAGUGGCUACAAAUGCGAACUACAAAAACUUGAUCCACACCUACAAUGUUUUGCCUGAUGCUAUGAGUCUUGAAUUAGCCAAGAACAUGAUGCAGAUACAAAGUGAUAAUCAAUACAAAGCAGAAUAUGAUGAAACCAUGAAGGGGGUUGGAUGGAUGCCACUGGGCUCCCUGGAAGCAGAGAAGAACAAAAAAGCAAUGGAAAUUGUUAGUGAAAAGAAAUAUCGUCAGCAUCCAGAUAAGCUGAAGUAUUCCGUUCCUAUGGAUUCCAUGAACAUGGUUUUAGCUUUAAAUAAUGCCAAAAUCAUGGAUGAGCACAAGUACAAACAAGCAUGGGAAGAAGACAAAAAGAAAGUUCACAUCACACCAGAUAUUCCACAGAUUGCCUUAGCAAAAGUUAAUGCAUUUAAUUUAAGCGAUAAAAUGUACAGACUUUCAUUUGAAGAAUCCAGGAGGAAAGGGUAUGAUCUCAGAGCUGACGCUAUCCCUAUCAAAGCUGCUAGGGCUUCAAGGGAUAUUGCUAGCGAUUAUAAAUACAAAUUAGGUUAUGAACAAGACAAGGGAAAACUCGUAGGCUUCCGCAGCCUUCAGGAUGAUCCCAAACUGGUCCAUUACAUGCAAGUGGCUAAGAUGCAGUCAGAUCGUGAAUACAAAAAAGGUUAUGAGGAGAGCAAGACACAUUACCACAUGCCUUCGGAUACCUUCAGCAUCAUGGCAGCUAAGGAGGCGCAAGAUCGUGUAACCAAUACUAACUACAAACGACUGAUUCACCAAUAUAUGCUUCUGCCAGAUGCCAUGAGUUUCGAGCUGUACAGGAACAUGAAUCAGAUACAAAGUGAUAAUGAGUACAAGCAGGAUUACAACGAGUGGUUCAAGGGUAUCGGCUGGAGUCCUGCUGGUUCUCUGGACGUGGAGAAAUCUAAGAAAGCCACGGAAAUUGCAAGUGAUCGGAAAUACCGCCAGCAUCCCAGCAUGUUCCCCUUUACAAAGCAGAACGAUGCCAUGGACUUGGUCCUUGCAAAGCAGAACGCAAAUAUAAUGAACAAACAUGCUUAUACCGAAGCUUGGGAGAAAGAUAAAACGCAGGUUCAUGUGAUGCCAGAUACACCAGAUAUUUUACAGGCAAAACAGAACAAGACGAACUACAGUCAGAAACUGUACAAGCUUGGCUGGGAGGAAAUGAUAAAGAAAGGCUAUGACCUCACACCUGAAGCCAUAUCAGUGAAAGCUGCCAAAGCUUCAAGGGACAUUGCAAGUGACUACAAGUACAAAGAAGGCUACCGCAAGCAGCAGGGACAUCAUAUUGGAUUCCGCAGCUUGCAGGAUGAUCCUAAGAUGCUGUGGUCAAUGCAAGUAGCUAAGAUGCAGAGUGAGAGGGAGUACAAGAAAGAUUUUGAGAAGUGGAAGACGAAGUUUAAUAUGCCCGUGGAUAUGUUGGGCUUCCUUCUGGCUAAGAAAUGUCAGGAACUGGUUAGUGAUGUAGACUACAAACGGAUCCUACACCGCUGGACUUGUCUGCCAGACCAGAAUGAUGUCACCCAGGCCAAGAGGGUCUACGAACUACAGAGUGAUAAUCUGUAUAAGUCAGACCUACAAUGGCUCAGAGGCCUUGGAUGGAGUCCCUUGGGAUCUUUGGAAUCUGAAAAGAACAAGAAAGCUUCAGAAAUACUGAGUGAAAAGAAGUACCGGCAGCACCCGGAUACCAUUAAGUUCACAAGUAUCCCAGAUGCCAUGAAUAUCGUUUUGGCAAAAUCUAAUGCCAAAAACAGAAGUGAUAUCCUCUAUAGAGAAGCUUGGGACAAGGACAAGACUCAGGUUCACAUCAUGCCUGAUACUCCUGAAAUUUUGCUGGCUAAAUCAAACUUAAUUAACGCAAGUGAUAAACAUUACAAGUUAGGAUAUGAAGAGCUGAAGAGAAAAGGCUAUGAUCUUCCUGUUGAUGCCAUACCCCUCAAGGCAGCAAAGGCAUCAAGAGACAUAGCUAGUGAGUACAAGUACAAAACAGCGUACCGCAAGCAGCUUGGCCACCACAUUGGAGCUCGUAACAUCGAGGAUGAUCCAAAGAUGAUGUGGUCGAUGCACGUAGCCAAGAUCCAGAGUGACAGGGAGUACAAGAAGGCCUUUGAGAAGUCAAAGACACACUUCAGUAGCCCUGUGGACAUGCUGGGAAUCGUGUUGGCCAAGAAAUGUCAAGAGUUGGUCAGUGAUGUUGAUUACAAACACCCUCUGCAUCGGUGGACAUGUUUGCCUGACCAGAAUGAUGUUGUACAAGCGCGGAAAGUGUACGACCUUCAGAGUGAUAAUGUGUACAAGUCCGACCUGCUGUGGCUGAGGGGCAUUGGCUGGUCCCCGAGCGGUUCUCUGGACGAUGAGAAGAACAAGAGGGCGAGCCAAAUCCUGAGUGACAAGAAGUAUCGUCAGCACCCGGACACCAUCAGAUUCACGAGCCUCCCUGACUCGAUGCCGAUGGUUCUGGCAAAGCACAACUCGGAGAUUAUGAACCAGCGCUCAUACACAGCGGCCUGGGAGAAAGACAAAACCAGCGUUCACAUUAUGCCGGAUACACCUGGUAUUUUGCUGGCCCAGCAGAACAAAGUGAACUUCAGUGAGAAACUGUACAAGCUUGCGAUGGAGGAGGAGAAGAAGAAGGGCUACGACAUGCGGGCAGACGCCAUUCCUAUCAAGUCUGCUAAAGCUUCCCGAGAUAUUGCCAGUGAUUACAAGUACAAGGAAGGCUACCGCAAGCAGCUUGGCCACCACAUCGGAGCCCGUAACAUUGAGGAUGAUCCAAAGAUGAUGUGGUCGAUGCACGUAGCCAAAAUCCAGAGUGACAGGGAGUACAAGAAAGCCUUUGAGAAGUCAAAGACACACUUCAGUAGCCCGGUGGACAUGCUGGGAAUCGUGUUGGCCAAGAAAUGUCAAGAGUUGGUCAGUGAUGUUGAUUACAAACACCCUCUGCAUCGGUGGACGUGUUUGCCCGACCAGAAUGAUGUUGUACAAGCGCGGAAAGUGUACGACCUUCAGAGUGACAAUGUGUACAAGUCCGACCUGCUGUGGCUGAGGGGCAUUGGCUGGUCCCCGAGCGGUUCUCUGGACGAUGAGAAGAACAAGAGGGCGAGCCAAAUCCUGAGUGACAAGAAGUAUCGUCAGCACCCGGACACCAUCAGAUUCACGAGCCUCCCUGAUUCGAUGCAAAUGGUUCUGGCAAAGCACAACUCGGAGAUUAUGAACCAGCGCUCGUACACAGCGGCCUGGGAGAAAGACAAAACCAGCGUUCACAUUAUGCCGGAUACACCUGGUAUUUUGCUGGCCCAGCAGAACAAAGUGAACUUCAGUGAGAAACUGUACAAGCUUGCGAUGGAGGAGGAGAAGAAGAAGGGCUACGACAUGCGGGCAGAUGCCAUUCCUAUCAAGUCUGCUAAAGCUUCCCGAGAUAUCGCCAGUGAUUACAAGUACAAGGAAGGCUACCGUAAGCAGCUUGGCCACCACAUCGGAGCCCGUAACAUUGAGGAUGAUCCAAAGAUGAUGUGGUCGAUGCACGUAGCCAAGAUCCAGAGUGACAGGGAGUACAAGAAGGCCUUUGAGAAGUCAAAGACACACUUCAGUAGCCCGGUGGACAUGCUGGGAAUCGUGUUGGCCAAGAAAUGUCAAGAGUUGGUCAGUGAUGUUGAUUACAAACACCCUCUGCAUCGGUGGACAUGUUUGCCCGACCAGAAUGAUGUUGUACAAGCGCGGAAAGUGUACGAUCUUCAGAGUGACAAUGUGUACAAGUCCGACCUGCUGUGGCUGAGGGGCAUUGGCUGGUCCCCGAGCGGUUCUCUGGACGAUGAGAAGAACAAGAGGGCGAGCCAAAUCCUGAGUGACAAGAAGUAUCGUCAGCACCCGGACACCAUCAGAUUCACGAGCCUCCCUGACUCGAUGCCGAUGGUUCUGGCAAAGCACAACUCGGAGAUUAUGAACCAGCGCUCGUACACAGCGGCCUGGGAGAAGGACAAAACCAGCGUUCACAUUAUGCCGGAUACACCUGGUAUUUUGCUGGCCCAGCAGAACAAAGUGAACUUCAGUGAGAAACUGUACAAGCUUGCGAUGGAGGAGGAGAAGAAGAAGGGCUACGACAUGCGGGCAGAUGCCAUUCCUAUCAAGUCUGCUAAAGCUUCCCGAGAUAUUGCCAGUGAUUACAAGUACAAGGAAGGCUACCGCAAGCAGCUUGGCCACCACAUCGGAGCCCGUAACAUUGAGGAUGAUCCAAAGAUGAUGUGGUCGAUGCACGUAGCCAAGAUCCAGAGUGACAGGGAGUAUAAGAAAGCCUUUGAGAAGUCAAAGACACACUUCAGUAGCCCGGUGGACAUGCUGGGAAUCGUGUUGGCCAAGAAAUGUCAAGAAUUGGUCAGUGAUGUUGAUUACAAACACCCUCUGCAUCGGUGGACGUGUUUGCCCGACCAGAAUGAUGUUGUACAAGCGCGGAAAGUAUAUGACCUUCAGAGUGACAAUGUGUACAAGUCCGACCUGCUGUGGCUGAGGGGCAUUGGCUGGUCCCCGAGCGGUUCUCUGGACGAUGAGAAGAACAAGAGGGCGAGCCAAAUCCUGAGUGACAAGAAGUAUCGUCAGCACCCGGACACCAUCAGAUUCACGAGCCUCCCUGACUCGAUGCCGAUGGUUCUGGCAAAGCACAACUCAGAGAUUAUGAACCAGCGCUCGUACACAGCGGCCUGGGAGAAAGACAAAACCAGUGUUCACAUUAUGCCGGAUACACCUGGUAUUUUGCUGGCCCAGCAGAACAAAGUGAACUUCAGUGAGAAACUGUACAAGCUUGCGAUGGAGGAGGAGAAGAAGAAGGGCUACGACAUGCGGGCAGACGCCAUUCCUAUCAAGUCUGCUAAAGCUUCCCGAGAUAUUGCCAGUGAUUACAAGUACAAGGAAGGCUAUCGCAAGCAGCUUGGCCAUCACAUCGGAGCCCGUAACAUAGAGGAUGAUCCAAAGAUGAUGUGGUCGAUGCACGUAGCCAAGAUCCAGAGUGACAGGGAGUACAAGAAAGCCUUUGAGAAGUCAAAGACACACUUCAGUAGCCCAGUGGACAUGCUGGGAAUCGUGUUGGCCAAGAAAUGUCAAGGGCUGGUCAGCGAUGUUGAUUACCGCCACUACCUGCAUCAGUGGAUCUGCCUGCCAGACCAGAAUGAUGUUAUCCAUGCUAAGAAAGCCUAUGACCUACAGAGUGAUAACUACUACAAGUCGGACCUUGAAUGGUUGCGGGGCAUUGGUUGGGUCCCAAUUGGUUCCUUGGAUGUUGAAAAAGCCAAGAAGGCAGGGGAGAUCUUGAGUGAUAAAAUAUACCGUCAGCCUCCGGACACAAUCAAGUUUACCAGUGUCACUGAUUCUCUUGCGAUGGUCUUAGCCAAGCAGAAUGCAGAGACGAUGAAUAAGCGUUUAUAUACAGAGGCUUGGGAUAAAGACAAGACACAAAUCCACAUAAUGCCUGACACACCUGAAAUCACGCUGGCAAAACAGAACAUGCAAAACUACAGUGUGAAACUCUACAAACAGGCCAUGGAAGAAGAUAAAAAGAAAGGCUAUGAUAUGAGAAGUGAUGCUAUCCCCAUCCAAGCUGCCAAAGCAUCCAGGCAAAUCGCCAGUGAUUACAAGUACAAGGAAGGCUAUCGCAAGCAGCUUGGCCACCACAUCGGAGCCCGUAACAUAGAGGAUGAUCCAAAGAUGAUGUGGUCAAUGCAUGUAGCCAAGAUCCAGAGUGACAGAGAGUACAAGAAAGACUUUGAGAAGACAAAGACACACUUCAGUAGCCCAGUGGACAUGCUGGGAAUCGUGUUGGCCAAGAAAUGUCAAGGGCUGGUCAGCGAUGUUGAUUACCGCCACUACCUGCAUCAGUGGAUCUGCCUGCCAGACCAGAAUGAUGUUAUCCAUGCUAAGAAAGCCUAUGACCUACAGAGUGAUAACUACUACAAGUCGGACCUUGAAUGGUUGCGGGGCAUUGGUUGGGUCCCAAUUGGUUCCUUGGAUGUUGAAAAAGCCAAGAAGGCAGGGGAGAUCUUGAGUGAUAAAAUAUACCGUCAGCCUCCGGACACAAUCAAGUUUACCAGUGUCACUGAUUCUCUUGCGAUGGUCUUAGCCAAGCAGAAUGCAGAGACGAUGAAUAAGCGUUUAUACACUGAAGCAUGGAAUAAAGAUAAGACCAUGGUUCAUGUCAUGCCUGACACACCAGAAAUCCUGCUAGCUAAACAAAACCAAUUAAACUACAGUCAUAAAAUGUACAAACUGGCUUUGGAGGAGUCGAAGAAGAAGGGUCACGAUUUGCGUUUUGAUGCCAUUCCCAUUCAAGCUGCCAAAGCAUCCAGAGAGAUUGCCAGUGAUUACAAGUACAAGGAAGGCUACCGCAAGCAGCUUGGCCACCACAUCGGAGCCCGUAACAUAGAGGAUGAUCCAAAGAUGAUGUGGUCGAUGCACGUAGCCAAGAUCCAGAGUGACAGGGAGUAUAAGAAAGCCUUUGAGAAGUCAAAGACACACUUCAGUAGCCCAGUGGACAUGCUGGGAAUCGUGUUGGCCAAGAAAUGUCAAGGGCUGGUCAGCGAUGUUGAUUACCGCCACUAUCUGCAUCAGUGGAUCUGCCUGCCAGACCAGAAUGAUGUUAUCCAUGCUAAGAAAGCCUAUGACCUACAGAGUGAUGCUGUUUACAAAUCAGACCUGGAAUGGCUACGAGGCAUCGGAUGGGUUCCUAUUGGUUCCCUGGAAGUUGAGAAGGCUAAGAAAGCUGGAGAAAUCCUGAGUGAAAGGAAGUAUCGUCAACCAGCAGACCAAAUUAAAUUUACUAGUGUGACUGAUUCUUUGGCCAUGGUCUUGGCCAAGCAAAAUGCUGAGAUAAUGAACAAGCGUUUAUACACAGAAGCCUGGGAUGCAGACAAAACGUCAAUUCAUGUCAUGCCUGACACACCGACGAUCUUGCUAGCGAAGGCCAACGCAGCUAAUGUCAGCCAUAAACUUUAUACGCAAGCCUGGGAAGACGCCAAAAAGAAGGGAUAUGACAUGAGAGCUGAUGCAAUUCCAAUUCGAAGUGCAAAGGCAUCAAGAGAGAUUGCGAGUGAUUACAAGUACAAACAAACGCACGAGAAGGAGAAAGGCCACUACAUUGGGUGCCGAACUGCCCAGGAGGAUCCCAAACUGUCGUGGGCAGCACGUGCCAUGGCACUGCAGAACGACCGACUCUACAGGAAGGCGUACCAUGACUCCAAGGCCCAGGUCCACAUACCGGUGGAUGCGAUGUCGGUGCAGGCAGCCAAGGAGUGCCAGACGCUCGUCAGUGAUGUUGACUACCGUCAGUACCUUCACCAGUGGACCUGUCUGCCUGACCAGAACGAUGUGAUCCACGCGAGGAAGGCCUACGACCUGCAGAGUGAUAACGUGUACAAGGCAGACCUGGAAUGGCUGCGAGGCAUCGGCUGGUUGACAGAAGGGUCUGUGGAUGUGGUGAAAGCAAAGAAGGCCCAGGAGCUCCUGAACGAGAGGCUGUACCGUACGCGGCCAGAUGAGAUGAAAUUCACCAGCAUUACUGACGCGCCAGAUGUUGUCCAGGCGAAGAUCAAUGCUUUGCAGAUGAGUGAUCGUCUGUAUCGUGAGGCCUGGGAUAAGGACAAGACACAGAUUUCCAUUCCUUCCGAUACUCCUGUAAUGCUGCAGUCCAAAGUCAAUGCUCUCAACAUCAGCAACAAACAUUAUCAGAAGGCCUGGGACGAGGCGAAGGCGAAAAGCUAUGACAUCAGAGCUGAUGCCAUUCCCAUCAAACACGCCAAGGCUUCCAGAGACAUUGCUAGUGAGUACAAGUACAAAGAAACACAUGAGAAGCAGAAAGGCCACUACAUCGGGUGCCGAACUGCCCAGGAGGAUCCCAAACUGUCGUGGGCAGCACGUGCCAUGGCACUGCAGAACGACCGACUCUACAGGAAGGCGUACCAUGACUCCAAGGCCCAGGUCCACAUACCGGUGGAUGCGAUGUCAGUGCAGGCAGCCAAGGAGUGCCAGACGCUCGUCAGCGACGUUGACUACCGUCAGUACCUUCACGAGUGGACCUGUCUGCCUGACCAGAAUGAUGUGAUCCACGCGAGGAAGGCCUACGACCUGCAGAGCGAUAACGUGUACAAGGCAGACCUGGAAUGGCUGCGAGGCAUCGGCUGGUUGACAGAAGGGUCUGUGGAUGUGGUGAAAGCAAAGAAGGCCCAGGAGCUCCUGAACGAGAGGCUGUACCGUACGCGGCCAGAUGAGAUGAAAUUCACCAGCAUUACUGACGCGCCAGAUGUUGUCCAGGCGAAGAUCAAUGCUUUGCAGAUGAGUGAUCGUCUGUAUCGUGAGGCCUGGGAUAAGGACAAGACACAGAUUUCCAUUCCUUCCGAUACUCCUGUAAUGCUGCAGUCCAAAGUCAAUGCUCUCAACAUCAGCAACAAACAUUAUCAGAAGGCCUGGGACGAGGCGAAGGCGAAAAGCUAUGACAUCAGAGCUGAUGCCAUUCCCAUCAAACACGCCAAGGCUUCCAGAGACAUUGCUAGUGAGUACAAGUACAAAGAAACACAUGAGAAGCAGAAAGGCCACUACAUUGGGUGCCGAACUGCCCAGGAGGAUCCCAAGCUGUCGUGGGCAGCACGUGCCAUGGCACUGCAGAACGACCGACUCUACAGGAAGGCGUACCAUGACUCCAAGGCCCAGGUCCACAUACCGGUGGAUGCGAUGUCGGUGCAGGCAGCCAAGGAGUGCCAGACGCUCGUCAGCAAUGUUGACUACCGUCAGUACCUUCACCAGUGGAUCUGUCUGCCUGACCAGAACGAUGUGAUCCACGCGAGGAAGGCCUACGACCUGCAGAGUGAUGCUAUCUAUAAGUCAGACCUGGAAUGGCUCCGUGGAAUUGGCUGGUUGCCUAAUGACUCUCCAGAACUUAAGAGAGUGAAGAAUGCUCAGGAUCUCUUGAGUGACAAUGUGUAUCGUACGCCUAUUGAAAGCCUGAAAUACACCAACAUUGUUGAUUCUCCAGACAUCGUUCUUGCUAAAGUGAAUGCCGAACAAGUCAGCAUUCCUAAAUACAAAGAAGCCUGGGAAAAGGACAAGACUAUGAUCCAUAUUAUGCCAGACACACCUGAAAUCAACCUAGCCAAGGCUAAUGCUGCUAAUUAUAGCCAGAAAUUGUAUAAAGAAGCUUGGGACGAGUUGAAGACUAGUUAUGAUCUGAGAGCAGAUGCAAUCCCAAUUAAGGCAGCUAAAGCCUCUAGAGAGAUUGCAAGUGAUUAUAAAUACAAACUGGAUCAUGAGAAGCAGAAAGGACAUUACGUUGGAGUUCCAAAUGCAAAAGCAGAUACAAAAAUGCAGUUUGCCCUUGGCAUAGGCAAAGUUCAGAGCGAAUUGGAAUACAAGAAGCAUUUUGCCAAGUGGAAGACACAGUGCCACCUCCCAGUUGACAUGUUAUCUAUCCAGUCAGCUAAGCAUGGUCAGUCUCUGGUCAGCGAUGUGGAUUACCGGCAGUACUUGCAUCAGUGGAUCUGCCUUCCAGAUCAGAAUGAUAUCAUACACGCUAGGAAAGCCUACGAUCUUCAGAGUGAUGCUAUUUACAAGUCUGAUUUAGAGUGGCUGCGGGGAAUUGGAUGGAUGCCAAAUGAUUCGGUUGGAAUCAACCAUGUAAAAUACGCUGGAGAUCUCUUGAAUGAGAGGAAGUACCGUACGAAAGCUGAAACUCUUCCUUUCACUCCAGUGGCAGACAGAGUUGAUUACAUCACAGCAAAGAACAGCAGUGAAAUUCGUAGUGAUAUUAAAUACCACAAAGAAUGGAAUGAGGUCAAGUCAAAUUAUACUCUGACAGAUACACCACAGCUAGAUAUGGCCCGAGAAGCAGCCAGAAUUCUCAACCAGAGUUUAUACAAGGAAAGCUGGGAGAAAGAAAAAGCCACCGGUUACCUCCUGCCUCCUGACUCUGUCCAGAUCUGCCAUGCCAAACGCUCAAAUGAUGUCCAAAGUGAGCUUAAAUACAAAGCUGAGUAUGUCAAGCAGAAAGGUCACUAUGUUGGAGUUCCCACUAUGAGAGAUGAUCCAAAACUGGUGUGGUUUGAGCAUGCAGGCGAGAUCCAGAAUGACAGAUUGUACAAAUCAGACUAUCACAAAACGAAGUCCAAAAUCCACAUUCCCCCGGAUAUGGUGUCAGUUAUAGCGGCAAAAGAAGGUCAGAACUUGGUCAGCGAUGUUGACUACCGCCAAUACCUUCAUCAGUGGACGUGCCAUCCUGACCAGAAUGACUGUAUUCAGGCAAGGAAGGCCUAUGACCUGCAAAGUGAUAAUAUUUAUAAGUCUGACUUGGAAUGGCUUCGUGGCUGUGGUUGGAUUCCUCUGGAUUCAGUGGAACAUAAGAAAGUUAAGAAUGCACAAGAACUGAUAAAUAAGAGAGCGUAUACAAAAGAAGCCCUUGAUAACUUUUCCAAUUAUACCAGUGUGGUCGACACUCCUGACAUUGUCUUGGCAAAGAUCAACUCAGUCAACCAGAGUGAUCUGAAGUACAAAGAAACAUUCAACCUUGAGAAAGGCCAAUAUAUUGGGUCUGACGAUACUCCUGCGCUGAACCAUGCCAGAGAUAUGGCCUUACUCUACAGUGAGAAACUUUAUAAGAAGGCUUGGGAAAUCAGCAAGCCCAUCGGGUACACUUUGGAUGAGAAAUACAUUCCUGUUGUUGGAGCAAAGCGUGCAAACUACUUAAAUAGUGAGCUUAAAUAUAAGGAAAUAUAUGAGAAGCUGAAGGGCCAUUACCUGGCUGGGAAGGAGAUUGGUGAUUUCCCCGGUGUCGUUCACUCGCUGGCCUUCCAGAAAAUACGGAGUGCGUUGGAAUACAGAAAGAACUAUGAAGACACCAAAGCAAAUGUCCAUAUUCCAAGUGACAUGAUGAACCACGUGCUAGCCAAAAAGUGCCAGUAUAUCCUCAGUGAUCUUGAAUACCGAACGUACUUCCAUCAGUGGAACUGUUCGCCUGAAGAAAAUGAUGUUAUUCAAGCCAGAAAAGCCCAGGAAAUUCUGAGUGAUGUGGUGUAUAAAGAUGACUUGAAUUGGCUGAAGGGACUUGGAUGUUAUGUCUGGGACACACCACAAAUCCUGCAUGCUAAGAAGUCCUAUGACCUCCAGAGCCAAAUAAAAUACACAGCUGCAGGCAAAGAGAAUUUUUCAAACUUUGGUGUUGUUACGGACACUCCUGUCUAUGUGACUGCAGUGCAGAGCAGCCUGAAUGCCAGUGAUGUGAAAUACAAGCAAGAUUACCACAAAACUAAGGACAAGUAUACGACAGUGACUGAAACAGUGGAUUCUGAAAGAGUUCAAAACCUGAAACAUCUCUUUAGCAAUAAUCUCUACAAGGAUGCCUGGGAAAAAGUGAAAGCUACUGGUUAUCUGCUGCCCUCUGACACCGUAUCCCUCGCACGAGCGAAGGAACUGAAGCACAACGCUAGUGCUGUAAAAUACCGAGAAGAAUAUGAGAAGUUUAAAGCACUGUACACAAUACCCAGAGGUGUUGAGGAUGAUCCCAAUACGGCAAGGUGCCUUAGAGUUGGAAAGCUUAAUAUUGAUCGUCUGUACAAGGAAGUCUAUGAAAAGAAUAAAGCCAAAGUCCACAUUAUUCCGGACAUGGUGGAUAUAAUUUCUGCUAAGGAUGCACAGAAGAAAGUCAGCGAGAUCGAUUACCGCACGCACCUCCAUGAAUGGAUUUGUCUGCCUGAUCUUCAAAUCAAUGCCCAUGUUCGAAAAGUAACUGAUCAACUCAGUGAUGUGGUGUACAAGGAUGAUCUUAACUGGCUGAAAGGCAUUGGCUGCUUUGUUUGGGACACUCCAGAAAUUCUUCAUGCCAAACAUGCCUAUGAUCUUCGCAGUGAUAUUAAGUACAAAUCUAAGGCAGAAAAAAUGAAGAACGACUACACUGUGGUCACGGACACUCCUGUUUACGUCCAGAAUGUUCUCAGCGGCUUGAAUUUAAGUGAAGCUGUCUAUCGUGGUGAAUACAAGCAAAACGUUAGAGGCAAAGUGAUCCCUACCGAUAAAACAGUGGAUCUAGAGCGGGCUUAUCAUGCGAACAAAAUACAGAGUGAAAAUUUGUAUCGCUGGGCUGGUUUGAACGCCCUGCCAACUGGGUACAACCUUCCCAAAGAUUUGCCCAGCUUCCAGCACGCUAAACACGUCCAAUACAUUGGCAGUCAUCUGAAAUAUAAGGAAGCCUAUGAACACAUGAAAGCUAAAGGCUAUACUCUGGGACCUAACGAUGUCGGGUUUGAAAAUGUGAAGAAAGUGAAUCAAGUCAUUAACGAGAGGUUGUAUCGGGCAACAUACCACAAGUACAAGGACAAGAUCCAUACCACUCCAGACACUCCAGAAAUCCGUCAAGUCAGAGCCACACAGGAAGCAGUCAGUGAUCUGAUCUACAAGUCGGAUUUCUUUAAGAUGCAGGGACACUUGAUUUCUUUGCCAUUCACCCCUCAGGUGUUGCACUGCCGCUACGUUGGGGACAUGACAAGUGAUAAUAAAUACAAAGAGGAUCUGAAGUGGCUGAGGGGCUUGGGUUGUUUCCUGUAUGAUACUCCUGAUAUGGUCCGUGCUCGACAGCUGCGUAAGCUUUGGUCUAAUUAUAUAUACACGGAUACUGCAAAGAAGAUGUGGCCUAAAUACAAAGUGGUGCUGGACACUCCCGGAUACAGAGCGGUUCAGGAACUGAAAACCCAUUUGAGUGAACUGGUUUACAGAGCUGCAGGCAAGGAGCUGAAGACAAAAUACACUUCUGUCCUUGAUACACCUGACUUCUUAAGAGCCAAGCAAGGCCAAAAGAUACAGAGCCAGUACUUGUAUGUGGAACUGGCCACAAAAGAGAGGCCUCACCAUCACGCUGGUGGUCAGACUCCGGCCUUUACACAUGCUAGGCACGUAAAGGACAUGGUCAGUGAGAAAAAGUAUAAGACCCAGUAUGAGAAGAUGAAGGACAAAUACACGCCCGUCCCUGACACGCCCGUCUUGAUCAGAGCCAAGAGAGCAUACCUGAAUGCCAGUGAUUUGCGCUACAAAGAAACUUUUGAGAAUACCAAGGGCAAAUACCACACAGUGAAAGACGCUUUGGAUAUUGUCUAUCAUCGAAAGGUCACUGAUGAUAUAAGCAGUGUGAAAUAUAAGGAAAAUUAUAUGAGCCAGUUAGGAAUCUGGAGAUCGAUCCCAGACCGUCCGGAGAAUUUCCAUCAUCGCGCAGUCACAGAUGCUAUUAGUGAUGUUAAAUACAAGGAAGACUUGUCAUGGCUCAGAGGCAUCGGAUGUUAUGCAUGGGAUACUCCAAGUUUUGCUCUGGCAGAAAAGAAUAAGGUGCUCUACAGUGGGUGUAAGUACAAGGAGACAUUUGAGAAGACUAAGUCUCAGUUUAAGUACGUAGCUGACUCUCCAAUUAACAAGCAUUUUAAGCAUGCAACUCAGUUGAUGGAUGGGAAAUUAUAUAAGGCUGCCUAUGAGAAGCUCAAAGAUAGGUACAGCGUUAUUGUGGAUGAUCCCAGGAACCUCCUGGCCAAGUGGGGGACUACUCUGAGCAGUCAGAAAAAAUAUAAAUCCCUUGCCAAGAUGCUCCUGCAACAAGGAUGUAAUGAAAUUCUGAGGCCAGAUAUGCUGACAGCUCUCUACAACACAUACUUAUGGAGCCAGGUUCAAUACAAAAAGGACUAUGAAAAGAAGAAAGACAAAUAUACAACAGUUGUGGAUACUCCAGAACACUUAAGGACUACAAAAGUCAACAAACAGAUCAGUGAUAUCAUUUACAAAUUGGAGUACAACAAAGCGAAACCUAAAGGCUACACAACAAUCCAUGACACACCGAUGUUAUUGCAUGUACGCAAGGUCAAGGACAGAAUAAGUGAUCUGAAAUACAAAGAAAUGUACGAGAGGAAUAAAUCUCACUGCAAUGUCAUAGCAGAUUCAGUUCACAUUAAGACUCCAAGACACGCUUACAAGCUCAACAGCAACCUGGAUUACAAGAAGAAAUACGAGGCAGCCAAGGCUCACUGGCACUGGAUUGCUGACAGGCCUGACUUUGUUCAAGCAGCCAAGUCGUCUCUGCAACAGAGUGAUUAUGAAUACAAACUGGACCGGGAAUUCCUCAAGGGAUGCAAACUGUCUGUCACAGAUGAUAAAAACACGGUUUUGGCUUUAAAUAAUGCCAUCUUGGCAAGUGAUAUAAAAUACAAAGAGAAGCACAACAAAGCUCGAGGAACAUGCCUCGUUGUUCCAGAUACACCUCAGAUUCUCCUGGCUAAGAAUGUCAGCUCUCUCGUAUCUGAGAACAAAUACAAAGAACAAAGCAAGAAGCAGCUUCCUCAUGGGUCUUACACAACCCUGCCCGAGACACGAGACACUGCUCACGUGAAAGAGGUGACCAAGAAUGUCAGCGAGACAAACUAUAAAAAGAAGUUUGUGAAGGAGAAAGGCAAGUCAAAUUAUUCUGUCAUGCUGGAGCCUCCUGAAGUGAAACAUGCCAUGGAAGUUGCUAAAAAACAGAGUACAGUUGAAUACAAGAAGGAUGCCAAGUCAAAGCUUCACUACACACCAAUAGCGGAUCGACCAGAUAUUAAGAAAGCAACUCAGGCUGCCAAGUUAAUCAGUGAUAUUGAGUAUAAAAAGCGUGGAGAAGCUGGCAUUGGUGUAACCAUGCUGGGACGUCCAGAUAUCGAACUGGCAAAGGAGGUGUCCAAGCUUACGAGCCAGGUGAAAUACAAGGAGAAUUUUUCCAAGGAGCUGGGCAAAAAGCCAAAAUAUGAUUUAAAGGAGGCUAAAAUCUACAAGACCAUGAAAGAUGCUCACAACAUGGCUAGUGAGGUGAAAUACAAGGCGGAUUUGAAGAAACUCCACAAGCCUGUGACGGACAUGUCAGAAUCUCUGAUCAUGAACCACGUCCUGAGCACCAGCCAGCUCGCCAGUGCCUACCAGUACAAGAAGCAAUAUGAGAAGAGUAAGGGUCACUACCAUGUGGUGCCAGAUAAUCUUGAACAGGUUCAUCUAAGGGAGGCAUCAGAACUGCAGAGCCACGUGAAAUACAGAGAAAAGUAUGAGAAGGAAAAAGGAAAACCUAUGUUGGACUUUGAGACUCCAACAUACCUUACUGCAAAAGAAUCUCAACUCAUGCAGAGCGAGAAAGAAUAUAAGAAGGACUUUGAAGAGUCCAUUAAAGGCAGAAAUCUUGCUGGCUUGGAGAUUACACCAUCCUUGUUACAUGUCAAAUAUGCAACCAAAAUAGCAAGCGAGAAAGAGUACAGGAAGGAUCUGGAGGAAGGUGUCAAAGGGAAAGGACUAACAGCUUUAGAAGAGACUCCAGACAUGUUAAGAGCGAAGAAUGCGACUCAAAUCCUGAACGAGAAAGAGUACAAAAAAGCCUUGGAUUUAGAAAUCAGAGGCAAAGGUCUGACAGAACUGGCUUUGGAGACACCAGAUUUUGUGAGAGCGAAGAAUGCCACGGACAUUGCCAGCCAGAUCAAAUACAAACAAUUGGCAGAGAUGGAGAAAGCCAACUACACUAGUGUUGUCGAUACUCCAGAAAUUAUCCACGCCCAGCAGGUCAAGAACCUUUCGAGCCAGAAAAAGUAUAAGGAAGAUGCAGAAAGGAGCAUGCCCUACUACGUGCCUGUGGCAGACACACCAGAAAUGCAGCGAGUCCGCGAGAACCAGAAGAAUGUUAGCACACUUCAAUAUCAGUGGGACCUGCAGAACAGUAAAGGAAAAGUUACAGUUGUACAAGACACACCAGAAAUGCUGCGUGUGAAAGAAAACCAGAAGAAUUUCAGCUCGAUUUUAUAUAAAGAAGAUAUUGGAAGUGGAACUACUAUUGAAAAAACGCCAGAGAUGCAGAGAGUUAAACGAACCCAGGAUGCAAUCAGCUCGAUUAAGUACAAGGAGAGCAUUGGAAAAGGAACUCCGAUUCCUGAUCUCCCAGAAGUGAAGCGCGUUAAGGAGACGCAGAAGCACAUCAGUUCGGUGUUGUACAAAGAGGACGUAGGGACAGGUAUCCCCACUCCGGUCACUCCAGAAAUAGAGAGAGUCAAACGCAAUCAAGAACACAUUAGCUCGGUUUUAUACAAAGAGGGCUUAGGGACGGGCAUCCCAACACCGGUUACUCCGGAGAUGGAGAGAGUCAAACGCAAUCAAGAGAACGUUAGCUCGGUAUUGUACAAAGAGGGGCUGGGGAUCGGCACCCCGGUUCCGGUCACUCCCGAGAUGGAGAGGGUCAAACGCAACCAAGAAAACUUUAGCUCGGUGUUGUACAGAGAGGAUCUGGGGACAGGAACCCCCACUCCUGUCACUCCGGAGAUUGAGAGGGUCAAACGCAAUCAAGAAAACUUUAGCUCGGUGUUGUACAGAGAGGAUCUGGGGACAGGAACCCCCACUCCUGUCACUCCGGAGAUUGAGAGAGUCAAACGCAAUCAAGAACAGAUUAGCUCGGUGUUGUACAGAGAGGAUCUGGGGACAGGAACCCCCACUCCUGUCACUCCGGAGAUUGAGAGAGUCAAACGCAAUCAAGAACAGAUUAGCUCGGUGUUGUACAGAGAGGAUCUGGGGACAGGAACCCCAAUACCUGUCACUCCUGAGGUUGAGAGAGUCAAACGCAAUCAAGAACAGAUUAGCUCGGUGUUGUACAAAGAAAACAUAGGGAAAGCAACUCCAACUCCUGUCACUCCCGAGAUGGAAAGAGUCAAACGCAAUCAAGAAAUCAUUAGCUCGGUUUUGUACAAAGAGAAUGUGGGGAAAGUGACCCCAACACCAAUCACUCCAGAGAUGGAGAGAGUCAAACGCAAUCAAGAGAUCAUUAGCUCGGUGUUGUACAAAGAAAACUUGGGGCGCGCAACCCCCACACCAAUCACUCCAGAGAUGGAGAGAGUCAGACGCAAUCAAGAACAGAUUAGCUCGGUGUUGUACAAGGAACAGCUGGCAAAAGGAACUCCAACACCGCUGACGCCAGAGAUGGAGAGAGCUAAACGCAAUCAAGAAAACAUCAGUUCGGUCCUUUAUUCGGACAGUUUCCGGAAACAAGUGCAAGGCAAAGCUGCAUACGUCCUGGAUACACCUGAAAUGCGGCGCGUGCGAGAGACCCAGAAGCACAUCUCAACAGUGAAAUAUCACGAAGAUUUUGAGAAAAGCAAAGGCACCUUCACGCCCGUAGUUACCGACCCCAUCACAGAGCGUGUGAAGAAGAACAUGCAGGACUUUAGUGACAUCAGCUACCGGGGCAUCCAGAGGCGAGUGGUGGAAAUGGAGCGAAAGCGCGUGGACCAGGAUCAGGAAAACCUCACAGGUCUUCGUGUGUGGCGCACGAAUCCUGGGUCUGUCUUCGACUACGACCCAGCGGAAGACAACAUUCAGUCCAGAAGCUUGCACAUGAUCUCUGUCCAGGCCCAGCGCCGCAGCAGGGAGCACUCCCGCUCUGCCAGCGCCUUGAGCCUCAGCGGUGGCGAUGAAAAAUCUGAACCUUCAGAGGGGGUGGAUCAACAUUUGUCCUACUACAGCGGCGGGGGCUUCUUCACCACAACCGCAACAGUGGGCUACAAACACGCUAAAACCAUAGAGCUCCCCCAGCAGCGGUCAUCGUCAGUGGUCACCCAGCAAACAACGGUGUCCUCGGUUCCUUCUCACCCCUCUACUGCCGGCAAAACGUACCGGGCCAUGUACGACUACAUGGCAGCUGACGCCGAUGAGGUGUCCUUCAAAGACGGCGACACCAUUGUAAAUGUACAAGCGAUCGAUGAAGGCUGGAUGUACGGCACCGUCCAGAGAACCGGCAAGACAGGCAUGCUGCCGGCCAACUACGUGGAGGCUGUCUGAACUGAGCUUUCCAGAGCCCAGCUGCAUGGCACGGACACACGGCCCCUCUCACACGUGAGCCUUAGCAAAGAGCUCGUAGCACUUCUCCAAAGUGCCUUGUUGUCCUCCAUGGCAGUGGUGCCUUAAAAAACAUUCUAACACGUUUUAAUGUAUUAAUUUCUUUUCCAUAUAAGCAACAUUUAUGCUUUGCAUCUCCAGCCAGCAUUUAGCUGGGCUGGAGGGGGGGGAAUCAAACUCUUAACACCUCUCGUUCUGCUUGCCGAGCUUCUUCAUGCACCUGGGGUCAAAAGCUGUUACUGUAAAUUAGUGACUAAAUAAAGCUGAUGGUUCUGCAGUG